AGAAUCAAUCUUAUUCAGUGUAAAGCUGAGGAUUUGGUGUUAUCAUGAAUUAAUUUGAUUAUAUUUUAACCCAUGCAUUGGACUGGCUGAAAUCAAAUUUUGUGUUUUGUCAGUCAUAAAUUUCAUUUACUUAAGGUCGAUUCGACCUCCGAAUUGACAAAAUGUUUGAUUUUUACGCAAUCACGGUUUUGGUAGGGCUGGUAAUUUACUAUUUUUUUCUGCGGGAUAACACCGAUCGGUCGGAUGAACCGCCAGGUCCACUGGUCUGGCCGAUUAUCGGUAAUAUCUUCCACUUGGCCCGAGCUGAGGGAAAUAUUACGCAAAAAUUGGGAAACCUUGCGAAAAAAUAUGGCGAAAUUUACUCCUUAAAAGUGGGAAUGAAACGUGUAGUCGUGAUCACUUCGAAGGAAGCGAUUUCAACCGUUCUAACAAACGAGGCUGCCUUUGGUCGCGAUCGGAUGGGAACAUUUCAUGAUCGCACGGCCGGAAAAAAUCUGGGAAUUGUGACCGGCGAAGGGGAAAUGUGGGAAAAGUCAAGAACAUGGACGUUUAAGAAUUUAAAAGAGUUUGGGUUCGGAAAAUCGUCGGAAAUGGAACAUUUUGUUCAGGCAUUGAUAUGUAAUACCGCGUAG